AUUUGACAUUUGAUUUAGACUAUAAACAAAUCUUAAAUUUUAUAAUUUUAUUUAUUUUCUUUAAAAUGAAAAUUCAGAUAAUACAGUGUCUUAUACCCACUAUUUAUUUUUUAACUUUAAGCAUUGUUGUAGUUUUGAGUCAUAACUUACAUGCGACAACUCUUAAACCUAAAGAUAUACGAAAUUUUUUAGGAACUCGAACUCCUUAUCGAUUUAAAAAUAACAAAAAUGAUACAAAAAUAUUUUUUCCUGGUUGCAAAGACGCAAAAAUAUGGAUGGUCCUAAGACAUGGAACAAGGCUUCCUAGUGCUAAAGAUAUACUCGGAAUGAACACAAAAUUAAAAGAGUUAAAAUAUGAAAUUUUAUUAAAAAAUAAUCAAGGGAAAGGUCCCUUAAAAGAAGACCAUUUAAAGCUAUUUGUAAACUGGGCCAAUGAUAUUGAAAUAGAGCAAGAGAAAUAUUUGACAUUAGAAGGGCAAUAUGAAAUGAUACAACUUGCAGAGAGGAUGCAAAAGAGAUUUCCGAAUGCUAUUAAACAAGUAUACAAAAGUAAAGACUUUAAGUUCAAAUACACAGCUACACAAAGAGCUCAACAAAGUGCAAGAUAUUUCACAGUAGGAUUAUUUGACAAAAAUAAUUCCCAAAGUGUUGUAUUCGAGCCAGCGCUUAAAGUUGACACAACAUUGCGAUUUUACAAACACUGUGACAAGUGGCUAAAGCAAGUUAAGAAAAAUCCAAAUACAUAUAAGGAGCAAAUAUUGUACGCAAAUAGUACUGAAAUGAAUGUGACGCUACAGUCUAUCUCUAAAAGAUUUGGUCUUGAUAGAGUAUUGCGCUUGGAUACAGUGAGUUUAAUUUAUAAGAUUUGUGGUUAUGAGACAUCGUGGCAUAAGCAUUUCACGUCUCCCUGGUGUCUUGGUUUUGACGAUAUCAAUAUUAAAAUUCUGGAGUAUUAUUAUGAUCUGAAACACUAUUGGCUGGACGGCUAUGGAUUCAGCCUGACGUAUAAACAGGCUUGUAUGUUGUUAAAAAAUAUGUUUGAAAGUAUGAGUAAAAAAGGUCCAAGAGGAACAUUCCUCUUUGCUCACUCCGGUACGUUACUGAAACUGUUAACGCAUUUGCAACUAUACAAGCCAGACUCACAUUUGAGAGGAAACGCCAUGGUCGAAGUCAGGUCGUGGAGAGCUUCAAACAUUGACUGCUUCGCUUCUAACUUAGCUUUUGUUUUAUUCAAGUGCAAAGAUGGAGAUAAAAUAUUAUCGUUGCAUCAAGAAAGAAUAAUAAAACUGCCAAUGUGUGAAGAAGAACUCUGUCCACUUGAAUAUUUAAAGGAAUAUUUCUAUGAAUCAAUUCAUAAUUGUGAUCAUUCUGAUAUGUGCAGGCUUGAUUAGUAAUAUUUUAAUUAAUGGUUAAUCCUUAUAUUAUAUCAGUGUACGCUAUGCCUUAUGUUAUCAAAUAUAUUUUUUGUAUAAAUUAUACAACCAGUUGAAAGUUUGUAUUACAUUUUUACACCAAAAAUAAAAAAAUACAAAAAUACAAAUCAUA